UAAUGAAAAGUUCAACAAAACCUUAAAUUAUUGUUACUCCAAUUCCUAAAUAUUAAGUAACAGAAGAGGAUGAUGAAUUACCAAAUCCUAUGUUGGAAUCAAUUUCAUCAUAAAAGUCUCAACCAUCUUAUUCUAGUCCUAGUAGAUGCAAAAAAUUGAUCUUAAAGUUAAAUAAAAGUGAUUAAAGAAAAGAUCAUUAUAAAUAAUAUCACCAAUUUAAAAUAAGUACUACAGAAGAAUAAAAAGGAUCAUAUUAAAGACAAUAUAAAUAAAUGGAUAGUUUGUUACCAUUACUAAAAUUAGUUUAGUUGAAUUAAAAAAAAAAUAAAACAGAAUGUUUUAAUGGAGAAGAAAUAACAAUAGAAUAAAAGGUUUAUUUUUUUCCAACUAAAGAAAUUUUAAACAUAUUUAAAUAAUCUGGUGAUGGAAUCCCAAUAACAUAUGAAAUAGUAGAAGAUGAUGAAGAUAAAACAAUGCAAUAAAGUAUUUCAAUAUCAGAAAAAAUGAUUAAAUCCAUGAAUGUAAUAAAAACAUUUAAGAAAGCAACAAAUAAAAUUAAAUCAGUUUAUUCAUUUCCUAAAGUUCUUAAAUAAUUUGAAGAAGAGAAUAAGCGUAAAUAGUAAGCAGAUAAAAUGAAUUAAUUCAUUAAUGACAAUUCAUUUAUUUUAAAAAGUGAUCAUUCAUUAGGAGAUUAAAUAAUAAAAUCUAAAUCUUAAUCUCCAUAAAAAGAUUAAAUAAAUGAUUCGUAGCAUUUAUAAUAAGUUAAAAUAGAGUAAUAGAAUAAAUAAAAACCUUAACGAUUAUCUCAAAUUAUAUAGAACUCUAAAACUAUUUUAAAAAACACUUCAUUAGUUAUUUGUAUAUUUUUACUUAUUUUAUUAUUGGCAUAUAUUAAAACAUUAAAUAGUUUACCACCUCAAAUAGAAGAUUUAUGA